AUGACAGAGUGGACGCGAAUUAGAACUCAUACAAAGAAAAUGUACGAAUUGGACUUUGUAAGUGAUAAGCAAGCAUCGGUAAAAGUAAAGAGUAAGAAAAUCAAGAAAAAGGUUCCGGAGAAGAUCCAACGCAAGGGUGCAUCUCCAUCUACUUCAGGAAGGCAAGUGGCGCCAUCCAAGAAGAAGAUGAAGAAGGAUCGUUCUCCAUCUACAUCGCAAUGCUUCAAUUGUAAUGAAAUUGGUCAUUACAAGCAAGAUUUCCCCAAACUAAAGGAAGAGAAGAAGGACGGAAACGUUGCUUCUCCUUCAGGGACUAAGGAGAGGUAGAAAGCUUGAUAAAGGCGAGAUGGAUCUACGCGUGGGAAAUGGAGCACGGAUUGCUGCAUUAGCCGUAGGAUCUUAUUUUAUUUCUUUGCCUAGUGGGUUUGUUUUGGAACUAGAAAACUGUUACUAUGUUCCUAGUAUCACCAGAAACAUCAUUUCCGUUUCAAGUUUGGAUUCUAAAGGUUUUAGUUUUCAAUUUAAAGACAAUAGUUGUUCUUUUUCUUUCAAUGGAAUGUUUUAUGGUUCAGCACAACAAGAAAA